AGCGGAAGUGUAAUGGCUGACUCUAUCAGAUUGACGUCCGCUGCCUCCUCAGACCGUAAACUUUUAUUGACUCUCGGCGACUUUCCGUGUCUCGUGCUUGGCUAACGCUUUUCUGACGUUCCCGCCGUCACUUUGGUGAAACUUUUCAGAGUUUCGUGAACCGUCCGUGGACUUCAGUGAACUCGAGUGUCGGAGACGAAGCGUUCUGGGUUUGGACCCCGCUCAUGUCAAACUCUGCCGAACUUGGACAGAGUUUUAGCUAGCGGUGCUAGUUCUUAUCUGGCUAAACUUUUAACGACUUUUUGCCCUGUUGUCCAGCUUUUUCCCGGCACUCUGUCGUGUCAUUUUCUCUCAACUCUGCCCACGGAGCUUCCGAACCGCUGCCAAAAUGAAGUCUGGGAGCAAAUAACGGAUGUUCGGCGGGGAUCCGGAUGACUCUGUCGAACUUUCCCAGCUUGCUGUCACCGUCUUAACUGAAGGCUCCCCUUCCGAACUCGCUGCCCCAGGAUGUCCGGAGACUCCGCAGUCAGCUUCAGCCUCCUCCACCGGACCUGUAAGCUGGUGGUGCUGCUCUGUGUCCUCCACAUCUCCGUCACCCUCUUCUUCUACGUCCGCUCCAUGGACGUCCGGUUCGCCUUCGCCCAGAACCAACAGAUGCGCAAGAACCCCCCGCGUUUCAACCACGUCCAGACGGUCACCAACAGAACCGAGUUGGUUUCGGAAGGGCAGAACUCCAAGAACGCGGAGGUGUCGGUGAGGAGCCUGGAGAAAUGCCCGGAGACGUCCCCCAUUCUCGUGGGUCCUCUGCGGGUGGAGUUCAAGGAUCCUGUGACUCUGGAGCAGAUCAAGAGUGAGAACCCGAAUGUGCAGCAGGGUGGACGCUUCAAACCCAAAGACUGCCUGGCGCUGCAGAAGGUCGCCAUCAUUAUUCCAUUCCGCAAACGAGAUGAGCACCUGAAGUACUGGCUGUACUACCUGCACCCCAUCCUGCAGAGGCAGCAGCUGGACUACGGAGUCUACGUCAUCAACCAGGAUGGUGAUGUGACGUUUAACCGGGCUAAGCUGCUGAACGUGGGCUACGCCGAGGCUCUAAAGGAGUACGACUACGACUGCUUUGUCUUCAGCGACGUGGACCUCAUCCCCAUGGACGAUCGCAACAUCUACAAGUGUUUCAGCCAGCCGCGCCACCUGUCCGUGUCCAUGGACAAGUUCGGCUUCAGGUUACCAUACAACCAGUUCUUCGGGGGGGUGUCAUCCUUGAGCAAAGAGCAAUUCCUGAAAAUCAAUGGCUUCCCCAACAACUACUGGGGCUGGGGGGGCGAGGACGACGACAUCUACAACAGGGUGGUCUCCAGGGGCAUGUCCGUCUCCAGACCCAGCGGAGAGGUGGGGAAGUGUCGCAUGAUUCGACACAAUCGGGACAAGAAGAACGAUCCCAACCCACAGAGGUUUGACCGGAUCGCUCACACUAAAGAGACCAUGAACAAAGACGGCAUAAACUCUCUGAGCUACCAGGUGCUGAAGGUGGAGAAGUUUGACCUGUACACAAAGAUCACAGUGGAUGUAGGGAAGCCCUGAGGGCGCGGGUGGGGGGGUGGAGUGGGACUGAUGCAGCCUCUGACACUUGAAGCUUUAAGUUCUGGUCCGGAUCUUUGGACUGGGCCUGCUGGACUCUGCUGUCUUCCUUGUUUUUGCACAGAUGGAUGUACGGACGAGAGCUUGUUCUUUUUCUCCGAUGGGUCGGUUGGAGCCACUCAGCUUCUCGUUGCCCAACCUCCAAAGCUUUUAUUUUGAAAAUUUUAGCCAAUCAGAGCUGCCCUGCAGGCUCACAGGAUUGGGACUUUACUGGUGGUGGGGAAUUAUGGGUAACUGAUGCUGUGAGUUUAGAUCUGGUUCUGGUUCUAUGCCUGUUAUUGGUACCAGCAGUUUUUCUGCACGUUUCUUGAAACCCACCGAUCCAGUAAGCGGACCGGGACCUCAGGAGAACACAACCACACCUGGUUCCACCAACCCCGUCGUGUGAGCUGGACUCAGUGAUGUAGACCACAGUCUUGGUUCGGGACUUGAGUUCAGUUCUGGAGACUUCCCAAGAGUACUUAUCUCAGCAGCUAGCUGAAUUCCUGCAGAACCUCAUGGCGCCGGUUCACCAAACACAUUCACUUCCUUAUUUGAGGCACUUUAUGGGGGCGGAGCUUCCUGCUGCAGCAGUAGUCUGUAGCUCCAGGGGUGAUGAAGUUCUGGUCAGAACUUCUGAAGAUGACGCCCCCUGCUGAAGGUUUGACCCAACCUGUUUCCAUGACGAUGGAUAGCUCACACAGUGAACCGACAGCCUCAUAAACCAGUUCAGAACCAGGUCCAAACUCCAGCUGGUGUGUUUGUGUGUGCGUGAUUUUGAACGUUACUGAUAAUCAGUUUGGAUCAAUGUUUACCCGCUGAACCGGGAUCAGAACCAAAGCAGCCAGCCUCUGUUUAGGCUGCAACUCUAGAUCCUCCUGAAUGUGCUGAUCGAUCAGAACCAGUGGUAAGUGAUGGAUCCAUCCACCAAAAGAACCCCGAUGACUCGAUUAUCAGGAUAGUUGAGGAUAAAUUUGUACUUGAUUAUUUUAGCUGUUCUUUCGUUGAUUGUAAGUGUCCUUACUGCAGCUGUUGGUACCAAAGACUCUAUUGAUCCUGUGAACAGUCACCUGACAGCUGGACGAGCUCGUCUGAUUGAUGACGGCGGAUAUCCAUGGGUGUGUGUAAUUUGUUUGUGAAUCUGCAGACCAAACCGUGUGAAACAAUCACCUGGAAUGUGCCUUAAACUGGAGGGGAACCAGUGAGGAAAUGUGAGGAUAAACUCCAGAUCUGAACUGA